UGCAACAAGUCGCGGCAACAUUUCAUUCAGUUGGCAUAGACGUGAGCGUGAGUGUGUGUUUGUGUUUGUGUGGCAAAGCUGCAAGUUGCAAGUGCAGGCAAUUUUCUUUCGUUUUCUCUCAAUUUUCUAUUGGUGCUUAGAAAUCAAAUAUGUACAGCAAUAAUACAAAUACAUAGAUUUAUAAAUGAAAGGUGUGUGCAACAUGUUGUUGUAGCGCAAAGUAAGAAGGUCAAGCGGUGAAAAAAAAAACCCAUCAAAGAAAGAAAAUAUAAAAACAUUACCAUUCCCGUUGUAUGCGAAUUCGCACUCGCCGUGGCAUAUGUAUGUUGUACAUAUAAACACUUUGGCAAUAAGGCAGGCAGGCCCCUCAGAAGCAUACUCAGCACGUUGCCGCAAUUGUCGGCGCAACAUUAGCGUUGACGCAAAUUAUGACAAAGCAUUGAACGUCAUUGUCGGCAGCAAUCAAUAAGCAACAACAGCAAAAGCAACUAACCAUAAAAAAGUGCAUGCAUACAACCAACCAUAUGUAUGUAUGUAUGUAUGUAGUUGCAUAUGAGUUCGUAAAUAGUAUUUCGCAAAGUAUCGAAAAUCAAGCGCAAUAGGAUUACAGCAACAACACUACCUACCAGCUAGCUUAGAAGAAGUCGCGUAUUAAAGUGCAAUCAUUACAGUGCAACAAUAAAAAACACUACGACAACAAUAACAAUAUUAGCCCCAAAAAAGCUGCCGCAAACAGUGUAUCAGCCAGCACCUUAGGCGUUCGUGGUCAGUUCUGGUAGUCACUACAACCUUAAAUCACAGCCAGCCAGCCAGCCAGCAUCAGUGGCGGCAGCAGCCAUAUAGACAUUAAGAUGGAUUCGACAACCGAUACGGGCUGCAGUGAUUCCUACAACAGUUAUGGCAAAUCACACUCCAGCGGCACCUCGCUCAACUACAGCAGCGACAUAAAUGCAAUUUGUGCUGAUUUGGGUGAUCAUAAUGGUUGCGUUGGUGAUAAUAUCUCAUGCAGUGGCCUAAAGUACUUGCCAACUUGGCCUGCGAUUAAUUUGGAAUUUCGCAAUUUAACUUACGAAGUACAUGAUUUGCACGCGAAGGGUCACAAACAGUUGUUACGCAGCAUCAAUGGACAAUUUCGAGCGCACGAGCUAACCGCUAUUAUGGGACCGUCAGGAGCGGGCAAAACUACAUUAUUGAAUCUACUUGCCGGCUAUGGCGCAAAGAAAACAUCAGGCGAAAUUAUGGUUAACAAUAGUCCGCGUAACAUGAAAGUUUUCCGCAAAAUGUCACGCUACAUCAUGCAAAACGAUGUGCUGGAUCCGCAUUUUACGGUGCUGGAAGCGAUGUUGUUGGCCGCCAAUUUGAAAUUAGGCAACGAACUGAAUGGCGCACAAAAAUUAGAAGUGAUCGAUGAGAUCCUUAGAAUGUUGGGAUUGAAAAAAGCACAAAAUACAAUAACAUUACGGCUAUCAGGUGGCGAAAAGAAACGUUUAUGCAUAGCCCUGGAAUUGGUUAAUAAUCCACCAGUGAUAUUUCUGGAUGAGCCAACUACUGGUCUCGACGACAUAUCCAGUUCUCAGUGCAUUUCACUGCUUCGCGGCAUUGCGCAUCGCACUGGAGCUACCGUUAUUUGUUCCAUUCACACGCCGUCUGCCAAAGUGUUCAACAUGUUCGAUAAGGUUUAUAUAUUAGCUGAGGGCCAGUGCAUCUAUCAGGGCGCAGGCGCAAAUAUUGUGCCCUAUUUGAAGCAAAUUGGACUGACGUGUCCGCGUACUUACAAUCCUGCCGACUUUAUUAUCGAAGUUGCCUGCCACGAAUAUGGUAAUCACUACCACGAACCAAUGGUUUCCGCUGUGGAUAAUGGCAAGGUUUACCGCUGGACGCCACAACUGCAAUACCGCCAAUUAAAAUCUGAUACAACAAAUAAAUCGGAUACAACGUCCGGUGCCUCAUCCUUUGAUGAGUUGGAACAAUUCGAAGAGGAAAUAAAUCCGAAAUUGCUAAAACAAAAGGCGUCCUGGUGGAUGCAGUAUCGGCUGCUGCUGAUGCGAAUGAUGGCGCAGAUGUGGCGUGAUAAGUCCUACAUGAAGCUCAAAUUCUAUAUGAACAUUGUGCUGGCGCUGAUUGUUGGCGGCAUUUUCAAAGGCAUCGGCGAUGAUGCAUCCAAGGCUUUGUUUAACUUUGGCUUUUCAUUCACGAUAAUUAUUGCAUAUUUAUACCUGCCGAUGAUGCCAGUAUUAUUACAGUUUCCCACAGAAAUGAAAUUCCUCAAGCGCGAAUACUUUAAUCAGUGGUAUCAUCUCAGUUCCUACUAUGCCGCUCUGAUUUGUUCCAAGCUGCCUUUUAUGUUCGUGUUGGCCGUCAUCUACCUAAUUAUGGUGUAUAUAAUGUCCAGUCAGCCGUUGGAGCUUUCUCGUUUUUGCAUGCUCUUCGUAAUAGCUUUUCUAACCGCCAUGACUUCGGAGAGCUUAGGUUUACUGAUCUCAUCACGUCUCAGCUUGGUGAACGCCAUGUUCAUGGGGCCUGUAAUUGCUGUGCCACUUAUUCUACUCUCCUGCUAUGGCAUUGGUUAUGGCAAGGCUGUCUACAUACAUCCAUUAAUGCGCUUCUUGAUGCAACUUAGUUACCUGCGUCAUGGCAUGGAAGGUCUUGUGGCCGCUCUUUAUGGUUAUAAUCGCGAGGAUCUGCAUUGUCCAGAAACGGAGAUAUUUUGUAUGUUUAAGAAGUCGGAAUUCUUGCUUAUGAUUCUUGGCUUUGAGAAUCUUAACUAUAUGUUCUCAGUAUGCUGUCUGGUAAUAUUUUAUAUUACUUUUACACUCGCCGCCUAUCUUAUGAUACGUCAUCGUCUCUCGCUGAGAACGACCAACAAUGUGAUCAUCCAGUAUGUGACCCAAUUCUUGGUGAAACACUUGAACUUUGCCUCUUACAACUACUAG